AUGUGCUCAUUUGAACACACAGGUCUUCCCCAUAAAGUUGAUGGCAAGCGAAAGCGAGGGGAAUCCCGUUCCAAAACCAAGCCUGAUCAAACAGCUGUUCCUGAAGAAGUGAACAUGAAAAAAGUAAACUACCGGUCAAAUAUAACUGGAUUGGUCAAACUGUUAAAGGAUACAAAAUUUACAAGUGGCCAAUUGAAGUGCCUUAGAAAAACACCGUUCUGGCCAUUAUUUGAUAGCUUGAUCAGUAACGAAAUCGACCUCAACCACUGCAUGAAAUAUGAUGAUGUCAUUGUACGUAUAGUACAAACAUUCAAGCAAUCUAGUGGAAGGUUUUACAUUGGGGAUAAGAACAUCCAGAUUUUUAGAAGCGACGUAUCACUGAUUUUUGGGGUGGACUGCGGCACCAAGUCGAUGGACCUCUCUUAUGGUGCAAAACCAACAACCGGCAUCAUACACCGAAUGUGCAAGGAUGUUAGUCGGUUAAGUGCUGCCAAAAUACGAGAAAUUCUGAGGGAAGCAUUGAAGGGCACAAAAAAACAUGACGAUGAGGAGGUCGCAAGAUUAGUUUGCAUGUAUGCAUGCGUCAAGCUAUUCUUUUCUACAUCCGGAGAAACAAUUGGAUGGGUUUUCUACUCAUACAUGGACCCAUUACACAAGAUGAUCGAGUAUGAUUGGGCUGAGAGCAUCCGGGCAACCUUGAUGGGUUCAUUGGGCCAAAACUGUGGAAAACCAGGACGAGUCACCGGAUGUGUGAUGUUGUUAAUGUAUUGGUUGUGUGAGCAUACAACAAUCUUACAACCCCGCAACCCCAAUGCCAUUCCACGAUGCGUAAAAUGGGACCUCACAGCCUUACAUAGCAACAUGAAGUCCAUAACUUUGGCUAAGCUAGGUUUAAAUGAGGUAUAUGGCGGCGAGCUAAUGGCAUCACCAACUGAAGCGAAGAUGUAUCAUCAUACAAAAUUGAAUGUGGAGCCAAAACCUGAGAUUUUGUCAACUGCAGUAGCAAAGAAAGAUGAAAGCAAUGAGGAUCAAAGCAAAGACAGUCAACGCAGCGAUGACAGGGAUGCAUUUUCUGUCGAUGCAGUGGACCUGAAUGAUGUUGGACAUUAUAUCAACCCCAGCUAUAGCACCCCCAAUGCUGAGAAAGGAAUCAUCAUAGCACAACCAACUGAGCCCGACAUUGUGGAAGUACUCAUAAAAGAAAACCAAAAAGCUUGGGCUCUUGUACGGCAAUGGGAAGCGAAAUACAAACAGUUGGAAGAAUCAUGGGAGUUGAGGGCAAGGGUGAUUGCUGCCCUUGAAGCCAAACUAUUUGACCAAUCGGGCUCAUCCAAUGUGGACAUGGACAUGAAGACUUGCAUGGAGUGGAAAGAUACAGAAAUUCAGCGGCUGACAAAGUUGGUCAUCAACUUGGAAUGUGAAAAAACAAUACUUCAAGACCUUUUUGACGAUCAGUCCGUCCACAUCAUCACUCAAGUUGAAGCACAAAAGGCUCAUGACAGCCUUAACAACAAUCCCACUGCAGCAUUGGAACACAUUAUCAGCCCCCCAUCAAGGGUAAAGCGCAUAAAGCAGAAGGUAAGGAAAGAACACAGGUUGGACGAGUUUGAAUACCCCAACCUGCCUGGUCAGAAGAAAGGGAAAGAAGGAGCCGAACAGCAAUCACAUGCAGUCCAAAUUGCACAAGAUUUAGACAAGCAACCACCAAAAAAGCAGCCAACAAAGUUCAAGAAGUUAACCUUGAACAACAAACUGAAGGUCUGGGCUAACAUGAACAAACUCAACAAGCAAAAAGUCCAAAAUUUGCACAAGAACGGCGGUGAUGAGUAAGUGAUCUUACAUAUC